UACACGAAAAUGACCGAACCCCGACUCGGCGGCAGCGUCGGUAAACAUGGCGGCCAAGGCGCUUCGGCAGCGAACCAGGCGAGGCAGCAGGCAAGAUGCAGGCAACGCGAAUGCCCCCGCCGAGGCUCGGCCGGCGAAGGAGGAGAAAGGCGUCGAUGACAGUAAAACCACAGAGACGCGACAGGAGUCAGUAAGUCGUGGAGGGCAGGUGUGGGCUCCAGAAGGUUCCACUGCGUUUAAAUGUCUCCUCUCUGCACGUUUCUGUGCAGCUUUGCUAAGCAACAUCUCAGACUGUGAUGAGACCUUCAACUACUGGGAACCAAUGCACUACCUGCUGUACGGCACAGGGAUGCAGACGUGGGAGUAUUCUCCGCUCUACGCCAUCAGGUCCUACGCCUAUUUGUGGUUGCACGCUCUACCUGCUUGCUUGCAUGCCCACGUCCUGCAGACAAACAAGGUCCUGGUCUUCUACUUUGUGCGAUGCGUCCUAGCUUUCUGCUGCUGCGUCUGUGAGCUCUAUUUUUACAAGGCCGUGUGCAAGAAGUUUGGUCUGCACGUCGGCCGUCUGAUGCUGGCAUUCCUUGUCAUGAGCACAGGGAUGUUCUGCUCUUCUGCAGCGUUCCUGCCUUCGUCUUUCUGCAUGUACACCACGCUGGUGGCCAUGACGGGCUGGUUCCAGGACUCCACACCGCUAGCGGUCCUGGGUGUGGCUGCCGGUGCCAUUGUCGGAUGGCCGUUCUCUGUUUUGAUCGGGCUUCCUAUCGCCUUUGACCUGUUGUUGUUAAAGAGCCAGUGGAAAAGUUUUAUCAUCUGGGCAGCCGUUGCUCUGAUUCUCCUGCUGGUUCCCCUGGUGGGAGUGGACUCUUACUUUUAUGGCAAAUUGGUCGUUGCUCCUCUUAACAUUCUAAUUUACAAUGUCUUCACACCACAUGGACCAGAUUUGUAUGGCACGGAGCCGUGGCAUUUCUACUUUCUAAACGGAACGUUGAACUUCAACCUGGUGUUUGUUCUGGCACUGCUUUCGCUGCCGCUCACUGCUCUCAUGGAGACUUUGUUGCACAGGUUCAAUGUGCAGAACCUGGGCCGUCCAUACUGGCUGACUCUGUCCCCAAUGUAUCUGUGGAUGUUGGUCUUCUUCACCCGUCCUCAUAAAGAAGAGCGUUUUCUCUUCCCCAUCUACCCUCUCAUCUGCCUCAGUGGCGCAGUCGCCCUUUCUUCUCUACAGAAAUGCUAUCACUUCCUGUUCCAGCGCUACCGACUGGAGCACUACACUGUUUCGUCCAACUGGCUGGCUCUAAGUGCAGUCUUGGUCUUCACGGCGCUGUCGCUGUCUCGCUCUGUUGCUCUCUUCAGAGGCUACCACGCCCCUCUGGACCUGUACCCAGAGUUUCAUCGCAUCGCCAAGGAUCCCACCCUUCACUCAGUCCCUGAAGGGAGGCCCGUGAGCGUGUGUGUGGGCAAAGAGUGGUACCGCUUCCCAAGCAGCUUCCUGCUUCCGCACAACUGGCAGCUACACUUCAUUCAGUCUGAGUUUAAGGGGCAGCUGCCUCAGCCGUAUGCCUCUGGUCCUCUGGCCACUCAGAUUAUCCCCGCAAACAUGAAUGACCAGAACCUGGAGGAGCCCACCGCAUAUGUGGAUUUAAAACAGUGCCACUACUUAGUAGACCUGGACAUAGAAGAGGAGACGCCACUAGAGCCACGCUACUCAGCUAACAAAGAGGAGUGGAACGUCAUUGCAUACAAGCCUUAUUUACAAGCAUCCAGAUCCUCUCCUCUCCUCAGAGCAUUCUACAUUCCCUUUAUAUCCGACCAACAUACCACCUACAGGCGCUAUGUCAUCCUAAAACCAAGGCGGCAAAAGCAGCCUCGUAAAAGGACCCAAGGUUGACCUUUGACCCGGAGCCUGGCCCAAAGUACAAAACUCUAACAACCGAAAUCAAUCACUUCCCGUCAGCCUGACUGGUAUUAAUGUGUGUGUGGUUGUCCACCAUUUGACGAUAUCAGACCCUUUAAGGACAUAAGUCGCCUUUUGGGCUCGUGUGAGUGAAGUGGUACUCAUGCAUGUGUGCUUUGCCGGUGGCAGAUGAACAAAUCUGAAUCUUAUUUGUGUGUUUGUAUGUGUAAAAAUCUGUCUUAUAUGGGAAGCACAUCACAAGAUUGCACACCUGUUUGGCCAGGAAACGCCACUCUGUGUGCAUAUAAGUGUUUUCUUUUCAUACUAUACUUGAAAAUGUGGCCUAAAGGAAACAUGUGUUUCUGAAAAAUGUAUAUAAGAACUCUGCUAGUCUGCAUUUGGACAAUGUCUGGUUUUGCUGAGCAGGUGAGUUGGGAAAGUGCACUAUUAACUUAAGUUGGAUUGGUAAUAAAAAUCGGAUUGACUGUAA